AUGGCCCGUACCAAGCAAACAGCCCGUAAAUCGACCGGAGCCAAGGUGCCCCGUAAGCACAUCGGUUCCAAGCAAGCCCACAAGCAGACUCCAGUCCAGUCUGGUGGUGGUGUCAAGAAGGUUCACAGAUUCCAUCCAGGAACUGUCGCCCUCAGAGAAAUCAGAAAGUACCAGAAGAGCACUGACCUGCUGAUUCGCAAGCUCCCAUUCCAACGUCUGGUUCGUGAGAUCGCCCAAGAGUUCAAGACUGAUCUCCGUUUCCAGUCUGCUGCCAUCGCUGCUCUUCAAGAGGCAUCUGAGGCCUACCUCGUCGGUCUCUUUGAGGACACCAACCUGUGUGCCAUCCACGCCAAGCGUGUGACUAUCAUGGCCAAGGACAUCCAACUCGCCAGAAGAAUCAGAGGAGAGCGUACUUAA